UCAGUAUUACUCGUUCAUAUUCAGUUCAGUUCAUCCGACGAAAGACGUUCCGGUAGCAUUUAUCAAUUUAUGAGAAAAACCAUAUAAUAAAACAAUAAUAUACGUCAAGACGAAACAACAGCAACUGUGCGAAACGUUGAAAAAGAUAAACUAUAAAGAAAUCGAUAAUAAUGGUCAUAAUAAGAAUCUCAGAUGGAAUUUUAGACGGAGAGCAUGUUCAAAACAAAUAUGGAGGAUCAUUUUACAGUUUCAAAAGCAUCCCGUAUGCAAAGCCCCCUCUUGGUGAUCUAAGAUUUAAGGCCCCACAACCUGUCGAACCUUGGACUGGUAUCCGUAAUGCAAAAGAUUCAGGACCUGAGUCGUACCAAAACGAUCCUUUCUUCACGAAAAAGAUUACUGGACAAGAGGAUUGUUUAUAUCUUAACGUUUAUACACCUGAUCUAGAACCUUACAAAUCUUUUCCUGUGAUGGUGUGGAUACAUGGCGGUGGCUUCACAAGUGGUAGUGGAAAUGACGAUAUGUAUGGUCCUGAAUUCCUAGUUAAUAAAAACGUAAUUUUGGUAACCUUAAACUAUAGACUUGGAGCUCUAGGUUUUCUUUGUCUGGAUACUGAAGAAAUACCAGGAAACGCGGGUAUGAAAGAUCAAAUUGCGGCGUUACGAUGGAUACAAAAUAAUAUACAAAAAUUUGGUGGAGAUCCUAACAAUGUAACAAUAUUCGGAGAGAGUGCUGGGGCAGCAUGUACUUCGUAUCACCUUAUAUCACCAAUGAGUGUAGGUCUCUUCAAACGGGCUAUUAUACAAAGUGGAUCUCUCACAAAUCGUUGGGCAAUUUGCCAAAAACCACGUGAUCGAGCAUUGAUUCUAGCAAAAAAAUUAGGUUGUCUUACAGAAAAUGAUGAUGAACUCGCAAAAUUUUUCAAAUCCCUGCCCACAGAAUCCUUGAUCGAAAUUAAAUUACCAAUAACAGCUUCAGAAUGUUUUAUAGAAAGGAUUCAAUUAUAUUUUUCGAUAGUCGAAGAAAAAAAAUUCGAAAAUAAUGAGAGAUUUUAUUAUAAAAAUGGUCUUAUACCAAGUUUUCAUCAAGGAAUUGAUGUGAUUAUUGGAUAUGUUGAACAUGAAGGAAUUAUAGGUUUGAAAACUGACAACAACAUGACAAUGAUGUUGGAACAUGCAAACUUUUAUCCGGAAUUUUUUGUACCAAGCUCUUUUGCUCUCAAAAGCACAGUAUUGGAACAAAUAGAAAUGGGCAACAGAAUUAAAAAAUACUAUUUUCACAAUGAUAUAAUUUCAGUUAAAAAUAUUGAAGAGUUAGUUCAUUUUCUUUCAACUGAACUUUUCGUUUACGGGUUAAUUGUAUUAGCAAGAUUAAUUGCCAGAACUAAAAAAAAUAAAGUGUAUUUGUAUAAAUUUAGUUGUAAAUCAAAAAGAAACAUAUUUACUAAAAUAUUUGGGCUCGACAAUGUGUUGAAAAACAAAACAUUUGUAUGUCAUGCUGAUGACCUUGGAUACCUUUUUCCUAUGAGAGCAUUUCUCGAAGAUGUAGAUACAAAUUCGAGAGAAUAUCAAAUGAUACAAAUAGUAACGAAGCUUUGGGCAGACUUCUCUAAAUUUGGAUGUCCAACUCCUGAUAAAAGUUUGGGAGUGGAGUGGUCGCCUUACACAAUAGAAAAACAGAACUAUGUGAAUAUCGAAGACAAAAUUAUUGCGUGCGAAAAACCAGAGGAAGAAGAAAUAAUUUUUUGGGAUAAAAUUUACGCGCAUCAUUUUCCUCACUAUGCAUUUUAGUAGUUGUUCCCACGACUCUAUCUGCGUUAAAAUUAUUUUUCCUUAAAUUUAUCAUUUAUUACCGUGUUGUGCUUAUUUGUAUAUAUUCAAAAAUCCAAUUGUUUUCUUUUAUUUAUUUAUUUUUAAAAGCACGCUUACAAUAUAAUUACAAAGUAUUUACAAAUAAACAUAUAUAACAAUAAUAAUAUAUCUUAUAUGCAUGUCAAUUACAAGUUUACAUAGCACUUCCAGAUACAUAAAAGUAGCAAAAGAAUCAUGACUAAAUUUUUAAACUUGUUAAAAUUAAAUUAUAUAUUAAUAUCAUUGUUAUAAUAAAAAUCAGUAAAAAUUAAUUAGAGAAUCCAUAAUCAUAAUUAAAAUUAGUAAAAAUAGUAAUUCAAACUAAUCACGCAUUUUAUGAUAAUUAAAUAACUUUUUUCUAAGGAUUGUGGGAGUCAUAAAAGAUGACAAUUCUUUUGAUCCAUGUAUUUCUCAUAUUAAUUAUAAGCUAUAAUUUCAUAACAUUUAAAUAGACACAAUACUUGCCUGUAGUGAAAUACACAAAACCAUACGGUUUACGAGUUACGGUUAUUGUGUUGUUAUGUUAUUAUAUAAUUUGUUUAUUUAUGCCACCUAUAUUUUUUAAUAAUGAAUAGUUUAGUAGCUAUUAACUGGAAGGUAUAUUCAUUAUGUUCUAGGUAAUUAUUUAUUUCCCUUGUUAUUUCAAAUUUGCUUCAUUGCAUGUUAAUUGUUAAAUAAAAAACAUUAAUGUAUAA